CCCACAACCCUAUGGGCGCCAGCCCUGUUCUCAGAGGGGUUUCUGUCCACAUGGGUUUGUUAUUGUAGGGUCCCCUCGUCAGCAUCAGCUGCCCGCCCUCCUCUUGGGAUUGUAGGGUCUCCUGGGUUCAGUGUUAUUGGGGGAGGGGGUCCCUUGCAAACACCCAGCUACAGGCACUGGUUUAUUAUUGUAGGGUCUCCUGUAAGCUCCAUCCCCCCCACACCCCACCCUGUUGUUGUGGGAUCUCCUGGAGGCUCCCAGAGCCCCUCCCUCGCUGCACUGUUUACCAUCGGGCCCCCCUGCCUCAGUAGGCGUUGGGUCGCUCCCAUGCACGGGACUCUGGACUCCAGCAAGUUAAUGAUUAACGUGGGCCGGGGGGUGGAGGGGGCAAAGGUGAGCCAGCCACAGGGACAAGGGCUGGCAGACAGCCCCGAACCCGGCCCCCACCGGCCAUGCUCCAGCGCACCUGGUCCUACCUGCUGUACCUGUAUGGGGCCCUGAUCGGCGUCCUGAGCCCAUGCACCCCCCCUGCCCCGCUGCCAGCCAGCGGGCUGGACCGGGACCAGUUCCCCCGGCAGUACCUGGGCACCUGGCACUUCAUUGCCGCCGCAGCAGCCACCCCUGUUGCCCUGGAGAUCUUCGCGGGCACUGACGGCUCCGUCUUCCACAUGGGGCAGGGUCCCCAGCCCCAGCGCCUACAGCUCCGCGCUGCCCUCCGCCUGAAAUCAGGGGACUGCGUGCCCAGAUCAUGGAUUUAUCUGCUUAACGAAGGGAGCACCGACCUGACCACAGAAGGGCGGCCGGGAAUGAGGACUCAACUGUUCUCCAGCAAGUGUCCAGACACCAUCAUUGUCCAGGAAACUGACCGAGACUAUCAAAGGAUCCUACUGUAUUCCCGCACCCCCCAUCUGGCGGACGACUGCAUUGAGGAUUUCCGGAGCCAAGCCUACUGCCUGGACAUGGAAGAAUUCCUGCUUAUCCCCCGCAGCCAAGACACCUGCCAGCUUCAGGAUUCCUGACUGACCCACUGCCAGCCCCCCAGGCUGCUGCGACUGGCCCCUCUGAGGAAGCACCCCCCCCCCGAAGACUGACCCCUCAUUCGC